AUGACUAUAUACUUGGGUAGAACACCCCCAACCAAUCCUAAAUUCGAAAUAAUAUACAAGUCUGAUAAAUAUGUUGUAGUUAAUAAACCAUAUGAUAUUUGUAUAGAUGGAGAUGAUCGAGAAUUUACUGUUAAGAAAUAUAUUGAGAGUUGUUACCAAGAGGUAAAGGGGGAGGUGCGAUUCGUCAAUCGAAUAGACUAUGCCACGUCGGGCAUUGUUUUGACUGCUACCACCAAAUCCGAUGCUAAUGUCGCUGGUCAGCUAUUCCAGAAUCGUGCGACAAAGAAACAUUACUUGGCGUUGGUAUGGGGACAUUUGCAUCCGCUGUACGACACCAACGAGCCAGACACGACAGAGAUCACCGUCGACAAACCGAUUGCCGACGACAAAACCGACGUCAAUGCAUUCAAGAUGUGUAUAGGUGUCGCUGGUACCGACAACCCGGGCAGGCCGUCAACCACUCAUGUCCGCGUCUUGCAACACGGCUACUACAACGGUAGGCCUGUUUCAAAGGUUCAUUUGAUUCCGCACACCGGACGACGACACCAAUUGCGAGUGCAUCUCGACACACUUGGUCAUGUGAUAGUAGGCGACGAGACAUACGGUCCUAAAGACGCACAAUGCUUUAGAAUGAUGUUACACUCAUGGAAACUGACGAUACCAUUCAAGAAUGAAACACUCAACUUUGAAACAGAGGAUCCAUUUAAAGAUCUACUAUCAUUAACUUUAGAAGAAUCAAUACAAAAACAACAACAACAAACAGAUGAAAAUGAAGAAAAAGAAAAAGAAAAAGUAGUAACUUUAACAGAUAGUCAAAAAAUAGAUAAUAAUAAUGAUAAUAAAGAAGAUAAUAAUAAUAAUAAUAAUGAAUCAGUAACAACUACUACAGCAGCGGAAUCAACAACUAAUAAUACAGAAACAGCUACAGUAACAACUAGUCAUAAGAAUAAAUGUGAAUGUAAUGAAACGAUAGAUAAUGAAAGUCAUAAGAGAUAUGCUAAGGUAACUGCCAAAUCAAAUAAGAGGGUUCGGGUAAGAGCACUAAAUAAUAAUAAGAACAUUGUUAAAAUGUCUGAACAACAAGAACAAUCAUCUACAAGUCAAGAUGUAGCAGUUAUAGGUAUGGGUUUGAGAUUUCCAGGUGGCUCUAAAAAUCCAAAUGAAUUUUGGGAACACAUGGUAAAUCGUUUCGAUGGUAUCUCAAAGACUGCCGAUACCAGAUGGGCUCAAUCUUUCUACGAUCAAGACUUUAUUUCCAAUGAGUUUGGUGGUUAUAUCAGUGAGGAAGAGUGGAAGCGUUUCGAUCCACUGUUCUUUGGUGUACUCCCAAAGGAAGCGAUCCAUUUGGAUCCACAACAACGUGUUCUCAUGACCAUUCUCUGGGAGGCACUGGAAGAUGCCCAAAUUCAACCAGCUAAAAUCCGUGGUUCCAACACCGGUGUUUUCAUUGGAUUGAUGAAUCUCGACUAUCAGAAGCAAGGAUUCCGUGAGAUCACCGAUAUGUCACCGUAUUUGCUUACCGGUAACGGUAAUUCUUUUAUUUCCAAUCGUUUGUCGUUUGCCUUUGAUUUCCGUGGUCCCUCCAUGACUUUGGAUACCGCUUGUUCGUCGUCGUUGAAUGCCGUCUAUCUCGGUGUCCAGGCGAUUCAAACCGGUGAUUGUGAGAUGGCUGUUGUCGGUGGUGUCAACGCGCUCUACGAUCCAACCAUCUCGAUUGCAUUCACUAACUUUGGAAUGUUGUCACACAAGGGUAAGUGUCGUAGUUUCGACGCGUCCGCCGACGGUUUCGUACGUGCCGAGGGUGCUGGUCUCUGUGUCUUGAAGUCAUACGACGCUGCCAUUCGUGACGGUGACCGUAUCUACUGUGUCAUCAAGGGUGGAAGCUCCAACGUCGACGGUUACAACAAGAAGAACACCAUCACUGCACCAUCGAUGCACGCACAAUCCGAGAAUAUCGAGUUGGCAUUGAAGAAAUCGAAUCUUCAACCCGAAGAUAUCUAUUAUAUCGAAUCUCACGGUACUGGUACUCCAGUUGGUGAUCCAAUCGAAGUGGAGGCACUCUCGCUCGUGUUUGCCGACAAUCACACCAAGAACAAUCCAUUGAAGAUCGGUUCCGUCAAGUCGAACAUGGGUCAUCUCGAGAGUGCAGCUGGUAUCGCUUCACUCAUCAAAGUUUGUCUGAUGCUCAAGAAUCGUCAGCUCAUUCCAAACAUCCACUUUGAGCGUGUCAAUCCAAAGAUCAAACUCGACGAAUGGAAUGUCCAAGUCGUCACCGAACAAGAGCAAUUCCCAGAGGACAAAGUUGUUCGUAUGGGUGUAAAUAGUUUUGGUCUCUCAGGAUCAAAUUGUCAUAUUAUUUGUGAAGAAGUUAAAUCAAAUUUAACAAAAAAACCAACUUUGUUUUUAGUUUUACUAAUUAAAAUUUUCCAAAAACAAAAGAAUAAUAAUGUAAAUCAAAUAGAAAAAGAAUAUUUAGUUCCAGUAUCUGCCAAUUCUAAAUUAUCGUUGGAUAAAUAUAUGGAGGAGAUCAAGAAUAAUCAAUCGAAAUUCGUAGAGUCAAUUCCAUUCGAAGAUUUCGUUCAGCAUCAAAUUUUGGCACGUUCUCACUUGUAUGCCUCUCGUAGAGUAGUGGUUGCUCGUAACUGGCAAGAUUUCAUUGAACAAAAGACUGCCUACUCGACUUCUUCCACUUUGUCAUCGAAUAUCGCUGCACUCGGUUUGGAGCAAAAGACACCGAUCGUUUUCGUUUUCUGUGGUCAAGGUCCACAAUGGAAAGCCAUGGGUAAAGUAUUAUACGCAGCCGAGCCAGUCUUUAGAGAAGCAGUCGAUCGUUGUGAUGCUCUACUCACCAAGCUCUUUGGUUACUCAAUUCUUGCCGCUCUCGACAAGUUGGAAUCGGAAUCGUCCCCAGAGAUUCACGAACCUAAAUUGGCACAACCAUCGGUUUUCUUGAUUCAAGUUGGUUUGGUUGCUCUCUACGCCCACUGGAAUAUCAAGCCAACCAUCGUUGUCGGUCACAGUUUCGGUGAGGUAACUGCUGCGCUCGCAGCCAACAUCUUGAGUUUGGAGACUGCCGCCAACAUUGUCUAUCAUCGUUCGACCCUCCAGAAUCUCACCAUUGGAAGUGGACGUAUGAUGUCGAUCGGUAUUGGUGCCGACCAAUACGUCCGUGACUACGCAUCGCUCUAUCCAACCAUUGAAAUUGCAUGCUACAACUCACUCGAUUCCAUCGUUAUCACAGGUGCCGAAUCCACUCUCAAGGAGGUUGCCAACAAGCUCAAGGAGUCGGGAAUCUUCACUGCUUUCCUCACUACUCCAUGCUCGUUCCACUCCUCUCACCAAGAGAAAAUCAAACAACAGGUAUUCGAUUCACCACUUGCCAACUUGCAGUACAACGACGGUCCAAUGCUGCCGUUCUUCUCUACCAUUCACGGUGGACAACUCCAUUCCAAAGAGGAAUACAACACCCAAUACAUCUACGACAAUCUUCGUCAACCAGUUGAAUUUACCAAAGCAAUCGAUAACAUCUUUGGAUACAUUCAAUCCAAUCAACUUGGAACCUCGCCAAUCUUUAUUGAAGUCGGUCCACAUCCAACCCUCCAAUUCUACAUCAAGAAGCUUGUACCUGCUCCACAGUCGGACGAGCAUGCUUUCACUCCACUCAUUCUCUCACCACUCCACAAGAAGAAGAACGAUAUUGAAGUAAUGCAAUCAACACUUGCUGCAAUCUACAAUCACGGUAUCAACAUUGACUUUGCCUCACAAUUCAACAAUCAAAACAACGCCUGGAAGGAAUUGACUCACAUUCUCCCAAGAUACCAAUGGGACACCGAAGAAUACUGGCACGAGCCAUUGAUCAGUCAAAAAGUAAGAUUAGAAGGUCCAUCCUCAACAAUCCUAGGAAACAAAGUGAAUACCGGUGGAUUACUUUAUCAAACAGUUAUUAAUGUUACAUUAGAUUCAUUCAAUUUCUUGAAGGGUCAUAAGAUUAAAGGAAAAUACUUAUUCCCAGGAUCUGGUUACAUUGAUAAUAUUUUGAAUAUUUUCAAAGGACAAGAUGUCUCGAUUCACAAUUUGGAAUUCAAUAUUCCAUUCUUCUUGACUGACGGUGUUCAACAUCACUUGCAAUCGAAUGUCGUUCAAAACUCAAAGAAUGAAUACAAGGUUGAAUUCAACUUUAAGGAGAAUCAUCAAACCGAUAAGUGGAUCAAGUCUGCUCAUGGUCGUGUCUCAACCUAUCAACCAUUGCAACCGGCAGCCGUUCCAAAGGCUAAUCUCGACCAACUCCGUCAACGUUGUAACCUUGCUACUUUGUCAAAGGAUGAAGUGUACACCAAGUUGCAAACCCUCGGUUUGCCCUACGGUCCAACCUUCCAACGUAUUGAAUCGUUCUCCUUCGGUACCAAUUGCUCGUUCGCCACUCUCCAGCUGCAACCACCAACCUCAAGAUUCGACACCGGUAGCUUCUUCAAUGCUUCCAUUCUCGAUUGUGCUCUUCACGGUCUUUUGGCUUUGAUGGACGGUCCACAAGAAAUUGUUUUCGAACGUUUGGAACACUUCAAAUUGUACUCUGCCAACUUGCCAGCUGUUCGACCAACUCAUGUCUACUUGUUCAACAAGGUCAUCAAGGAAGCUGGUAACACAUCGCAAGGUUCCGUCGAGAUGUUCUUGGAGGACGGUACAAUCAUUGCCAGCUUUGGUAAGAUCGUAUCAAACUCUUUGAUUAAAGUAAAGAGAACCUCUACCAUUAAAGUUCCAGCCAAGGAAACCUACUCACAAGUUUGGCAACCAAAGGAAGCUGUAUUGGCAACUCCAGUUAUCAGCCAACCAAGCGCAACCGCUGAAUGCACCAUCGACCUCGAAUUGGAUAGCAAUUUCAGAGAUUUCGUUGGUCAAUUGAUAUAUACCAAUGUAUUCAAUUCUCAGCCAGUCUUGGAUCAAUCCCUCGAUCAACUCUUCACUCAAUUCAACGUUGACGAUAAGAAUAAGAACUUGUUUGCUAGAUUGUUCGAUUUGGUUAAGGAUGUCAAUGUUCAAUCGAAUGUCAGCGAGACCAAACAGGCAUUGCUCACUAAACAAGGCGAAUCAUACUCAAGAGAUAUCGAAUUGGUUGAAAGAUCACUCAUUCAAGUCAUUCCAUCAAUUUUGAAUGCAAGUGACGCAGCUUCAACCGAUAGCAUUAUCAAUCAACAAGAUGAUGCUGGAUUCACCAGUGUUGAACAUAUUCAAUACAAUUCCAAAUUAUCUCAAGAAGCAAUCGCUUCACUCGUUUCAUUGGUUGAAUCAUCGAUUGCAUCCAUUCCAACAGCUACCAAAAAUAUCUUUAAGAUUUUGGAUGUUGCCAGUCAGUCGGAUACCAAGAGAUCUACCACUGUCAAAUUGUUACAAUCAAUCAACAAUCAAUUGAACAACAGCAAUGUCGUUGUUGAAUACACUGUUAUCUGUCCAUCUGUUGAUGUCAAGGAGUCACUCAAAUCGCUCCUAGCUCCAUUGGCAAGCGAUAAUCUCCUCAUCAAAUAUCGUACUACAAUCAACAUUGAAAAUGAUUUGGUCGAACAAGGAUUGCUCGUUUCCAACUACCAUUUGGUUAUCUCUCAUUACACUCUCAGUAGUUCAGCUGUCAGCAUUAAGACCAUCGUCAACAACCUCACUCAAGUUCUCACACCAUCUGGACAAUUGGCUUUGAUUGAAGCACCAAGAUCCUCGGUUGUCUUUGAUUUGGUUGCCGGUAUCAAUGUUGAAAAGUAUUACAAUAACUUCCAACAAGAUGAAACUAGAUCCGCCAACAACCAUUGUGCUAUCUCCAACAAUGAGUUGAGCCAGUUGCUAUCGUCUGUUGGUUUGCUCAAUAGCACUUCAACUUUGACUCUUCCACAUCAAUCUUAUUUAACCGUUGCUCAAAAGCCAUCGAUUCAACAAUCAACUUCAACUUCCACACCAAUCGAUAAGAUUGUUUUCGUUGUUGCCGGAACUGAAUACGAUGAGACAUUCACUCAACAAGGUUUGUUGAAUGCCAACAAGAUUGAAAUCAUCAAAUCAUCGGAUAUUCUCGACCAAUCCAAUAACCAAGAUCAACUUUUAUCGCAAGUCAACGAUGGAAAGAACAACUACAUCUUCUUCCUUGCUGGUUUAGAGUCACUCACCAUUGAGAACUACAAGAUUAGAACCAUGGAGUUUGUCAAACUCAAUCAAAUCUUGUUGAAGAAUCAAGUCACCAAUGUCAAGACUGUUUUGACAACCUUGAAUGCUCAACGUGAGUCAAGCAACUACUUGAAUACCUCAUUGGUUGGUAUCUACCGUUAUUUCCUUGAAUUCCAAUCGACUUUGCAAACAGUUGCUAUUGAUCUCGAUGUUGAAUCUGCCAGCAAGGUCGAUCUCUCAUACUUGAUCAAGUUGUCAAACACCGCCACUCUUGGCGACAAGGAAUUCUUGCUCCGUAACAACAAACCAUUGGUUCAAAGAGUAUUCCUCGAACCAACUCUUCUCACUUCACCAUCUUCCUACGAGAACAACACUGACAAACUCUGUUGCAAGUUGAACUCCAACCUCCAAUUUGUAUUCCAUCCACGUGACCAACUCCUCCCAGAACAAGUUGAGAUCCAAGUCAAGGCAACCGGUAUCAACUACAAAGACAAUUUGUUCUAUCGUGGCUUACUCCCACAAGAAAUCUUUAGCAAGGGUGAUAUCUACAAUCCACCAUUCGGUUUGGAGUGUGCCGGUAUCAUUUCACGUGUUGGAAGUGCCAGUCACUUCAAGGUCGGUGAUGAAGUAGUUGGUUUCGCCAGUCACUCUUUCUCAUCACACGUUAUCACUCACCAAGAUCGUAUCGUCAUUAAACCAAAGAGUAUUAGCUUCGUCGAAGCUGCUGCCAUCCCAGUCGUCUACGCCACUGCCUACUAUGCCAUCUUCCACAUCGGUCGUUUCAUCCCAUCAAAGGAUUCCAUCUUGGUACACUCCUCAACCGGUGGUGUUGGUAUCGCCGCUCUCAACCUCUUGAAAUACAAACAACACACCGGUCCUGUAUUUGCCACCAUUGGUGGUUCCAAAGAGAAACGUGAAUAUCUCGAGAAACGUUAUGGUAGUUUGAUUACCAGCAUCAUCUCAACCGCCAACAACUCUGUCGCCGGUGGAUAUCCAGACGCCAUUCGUCAAUUCCCAGAGACAAGAGAAGGUGUUGACAUUAUUUUGAACACAUUGUCUGGUGAUUUCCUCAAACCAAACUUUGAUGCUCUCUCACCAAUCGGUCGUAUCAUGGAUCUCUCUGUCACCCAGUUAAUGGAGAACGACAACAUUGACAUUGAAGUAUUCAAAUAUCAUGUUGGUUAUCAAACUAUCGAUUUGGAGCGUGCCAUUGCCUACAGUCCAAAGGUUGUAAACGGUAUCUUGCGUGAAGUAUUCCAAGCCAUUGAUCAAGGUCAACUCGACUCCAUCCCAGUCGAAUCAUUCCCAGUCAAGGAGACCAAGAAGGCUAUUGAAUACAUCAAUGAGAGAAAGCACAUUGGUAAGCUUGUUGUUGAUUUCGAGAAAUUCGACCAAGAUGUUUUGGCUCCACUCCUACAGGAUGUUGCCGAUCAAAAGGUUGCUGCCAUUCUCAAACCAAACUACACAAUCGACGGUUUGGAUUCAACUCUUUUGAUUACCGGUCAAACUGGUAUUGCAGUCUGCAUUCUCCGUUGGAUUCUCCAACACGCACCAGCCAACCUCAAGAACGUCAUUGUUCUAUCACGUUCUCAAUUGAAGUGGGAGCUCGAGCUCUUGAUCAACCAACAAAAGGCUGCCAACAGUCCAAUUCAAAUCCACUAUAGAUCUGUCGAUGUUGCUAAUUUCAGCAAUUUGAAAUCGACUGUUCAAGAACUCUAUCAAUCGAAUCCAUCUAUUGGACCAGUUAAAUCGGUCAUUCACUUUGCCACUAUCUAUGACUAUUGCGACGUUGAAUCAAUCUCACAAAAGACAAUCGAUUCCACUCAUAAUCCAAAGGCUGUCGGUGCAUUCAAUCUCCACAAACUUGGUUUGGAGCUCAACUUUGCUUUCAACCAUUUCAUUUUGUUCUCAUCGAUUGUUGCCGUUCUUGGAUCAACCAACCAAGCUUCCUACACCUCUGCCAACUUUGUCUUGGAUGGUCUUGCCAACUACAGAAGAUCUCAAGGUCUCAAUGCUACCGCUAUUAACUGGGGUGGUUUGGGUUCGGCUGGUGAAGCUGCCAAAGACAAGUCUGUCACUCAAUUCCUCCAAUCGCGUGGUAUCCUCUUGUUGUCACUUCCAAAGAUUCUCGGUACUUUGAACGGUAUUUUCAAUGCUGAGCUCUCACAACAAUCCACUCAAGUGAUGGCAAGUAGCUACACCUACAAAUCACUCUUUGACUAUUGUCCACAGAUUCGUCCAAAGAUGGAGCAUCUCGCUGCCGAUGAAGAUCUCGAGAAGAAGCAAUCCACUUCCAACAGCUCCGCAGGUGGAAACAGUGUAUUCGAUCGUGUUGUCGCUCAAAUCUCAGAGUUGUUAUCAAUCCAUCCAUCCAAGCUCAACUAUGAUACCAGAUUAAAGGAUUACGGUAUUGACUCAUUGUUGACUGUUCAAUUGAAGAACUGGAUCGAUCAAGAAUUCCAAAAGAAUCUCUUCACCCAUCUCCAAUUGUCUUCCAACUCUAUCAAUUCAAUCAUCCAAAAGAUCUCUGCUAAAACUCCAACUGCCACUGCUGCUGCCACCACUGCAACUGCUACCUCUGCCAACAAGGAAGUUCAAUUGUCAACCUCCAAGCCAGGUACCAAACCAAUCGAGUUCUGGAAGAAAGAAUUGGAAUUGGAUCAAGAUAUCACUCCAUCUGCCACUUUGAAACCAGCGAUUGCCAUCACCAACGAUGCUCCAAUCAAUGUAUUCUUGACUGGUGUAACCGGUUACUUGGGUAUCUACUUACUCUCUGACUACCUCAACAAACCAAACGUACAAAAGAUCUACUGUUUAGUUCGUGCCAAGGCUUCAAUAGAAGAAGCCAGACAGAGUGUCUUUAACAAGCUGAAUCAAUACAGAUUGACUUGUGAUGUUGCCGCCUUCGACCAACGUGUUGUAUUGGUUCUCGGUGAUCUCUCACAACCAUUGUUUGGAUUGCAACAUGCUGAAUUCACUAAACUAGCCAACUCUGUCGAUUUGAUUGUAAGCAACGGUGCCAAUGUCAACUUUAUCGAGUUCUACGAUGAGAUUCGUCUUACCAACAUCAACGGUACCAAAGAUAUCAUUCGUUUGGCAAUCACUGGUGACACAUUGAAGCGUAUCAUCCACGUUUCCUCCAUCUCUGUAUUCUUCAACGACAAUCGUAAUGAAUCGAUCACCGAAGAUGUCUAUCCAACAUUGAAUCACAUCAACGACAUGAAUGGUUACAUCCAAUCCAAGGUUGUCACUGAAUAUCUCAUCAAGGAGGCUUCGGCUCGUGGAAUCCCAUCGCAGAUUGUCAGAGUCGGACCAAUUUUCGGUGAUUCUACCACUGGUAUCGACAAUGAAAACGAUAUCCUCGGUUUGGUUGUCAAGUCGAUCUUUGAGCUCCGUUCCUACCCAGCUUUCAACCAACAAUUGGGAGAAGGUAACAUCAACACCUCUCCAAUCGACUGGGUCUCCAAGUCAUUCGUAGGUCUCACCCUCCACGGUCAAUACUGGAGCAACCAAUUGCAACCAACCGUCUACCACUUGAUCAAUCAAGAUGAAAAGAGACAAAUGAAGAAUCUCACUGACAUCUGUAACAUUAUCAACCAACAAUACCCACUUACCGUCGAACCAGAUUUCCUCCAAUGGAAAGAAAAGUUGAUGACCUCGAACAGCACACCAUGCAAGAAGAUCAGAGGUUUCUUUAGAACUGCAAAGACUUUCCCACUCUUCCACAUUGGAUUCGGUGACUGCAAGAGAACCAUGGAACAUCUCAACCACCUUGGUAUUCCACCAUGUGAAAUCACCACCGAAACAAUCAUCAAGAAUAUUGAAUACUAUCAAACAACUUCAAAAUAA